GACAUGGCGCGUUUCCUUUAAGUCUCCAACGUCGUCUUCAACUUGUUAGCUUCCCCCACUUUAGCCCUUUCGACUCACAGGGACGCCCAAGUACUCCGCAGCUCACGACGCAGGUACACUAUCUUCUACGCAACAAUGGAGUCUGUGGCAUACGAACCCGAGGCGCUGGUCUUUGACCCGUCACCGCUCUUCUCACGACGUGUGCAGCGGUGGGAACCGGGAGCCAUUCGCAGUCUCUUGCCCCUUGAGGGCAUUCCGGGCAUGAUCUCUCUGGUCGCCGGCAAACCCAAUCCGGACACAUUCCCCUUCUCCAAGAUCUCCAUCACCCUGAACGGGCCCGAGGAAAAGACACUCGUCCUGGAGGACGCCGCGCUGAGCGAGGCCCUCCAGUACGCCCCUCCAGCUGGUCACCCCGGAUUCCUCAAGUGGUUCCAAGGACUGCAGCAGGCUGUUCAUGGGGUCGGCAACUCUGACAGCUGGACCUGCUGUGUCGGCAAUGGCAGCCAAGAAUUGAUCCACAAGGCCUUCCAGGUCUUUACCGACCCGGGCGACCCGGUGAUGCUAGAGACGCCUGCCUACCCCGGAGUCUCGUCGUUCCUCCGUGUAGACGGCCAUGAGCUGGUCGAGAUCUCCUCGGGGAUGGAAGGUAUCGAUCCCUCUGACCUCGAGCGCGUCCUUUCGACGUGGCCGGAGCACCGCCGCCGCCCGACUGUUCUUUACACCGUCCCGACCGGGUCAAAUCCCACAGGGCGGUCUUGCUCUGAGACUAACAAGGCGAGAAUCCUCGCUCUCGCCAAACGCUUCAACUUCAUGAUCUUUGAAGACGACGCGUACUACUACCUCAACUUUGAGGAGGACCAGUCCAAGCGGGCACGCAGCUACCUCGCCCUCGAGCAGGAGGUCAACGGCGAGACAGGCCGCGUGAUGCGGUUCGAGUCGCUGAGCAAGAUUGUUAGCUCGGGCAUGCGGUUGGGUAUCCUCACGGGGCCCACGCCGGCGGUGCAGAAGGUGGUUAAGAUCACCGAGAACGUCAACCUCCAGCCAUCGACCACCACGCAGGUAUUGGCCCUGACCCUCUUCCGGCACUGGGGAUACACCGGCUUCAUCGAACACUGCGCCAAAGCAGCCCAGUUCUACCGGCGCAAGCGGGACUGCUUUGCCGCCGCGGCCGAGCGCCACCUCCAAGGGCGGGCAACCUGGCAGGUCCCGACGGCGGGCAUGUUCUUCUGGAUGAAGCUCCUGCUCCCGCCGGGCACCGACAGCUUCGAGCUCCUGAGCAAGAAGGGCAUCGAUAACAAGAUCCUGGCCAUUCCAGGCAUGGCUUUCCUGCCCAACGCCCGCAAGGCGUGCCAGCUGCGUGCGAGCUACAGCCUCGUGAGCGACCCGGAUAUGGACGAAGCCUGCCGGCGCAUCGCCAAGCUGGUCGACGACGCCUGGAGGGACGAGUUUGCCAACAGCGCAAAGUCCGAGGCAGCCCAAGCCGUCGUCCCCACAACCAUGAAAAUUACAGCUUAGCUUUUCCGUUAGAUGUAUGAUAGAUGCUUCAGAUUGAGCCUCUCGGGCCUAGGUAGGGGUUAUUUUGGAUACACCUAGAAUUCUAGGAUAUACAGGUUUUUCAAUUUUUUCAAAUCAAGGGAGAAUCAGCCAGAUACAACUUGGAGAUUCCCCUACGUUUACAGAUGGAGCUUCGCUCGCGUACACAGGUAGCGAAUUCAUUCACACGUUGUU